CCCUGUCCUAAAGGCGUUAGGCUUAUAGCAUUUGAGCGCUAUUUCUACCCUUUACAUGAAGUAAGUGAACGCCUCAUUGUCACGUGAUCACUGUGGCAACACUCAGGAAGAAAACUAAAAUGGCGGUGUGCAUAGCAGUAAUAGCAAAAGAGAACUACCCGCUGUAUAUCCGCAGCGUUUCCACACAGAAUGAGCUCAAAUUUCACUACACAGUGCACACCUCCCUGGAUGUGAUGGAGGAGAAGAUCUCCGCUGUAGGGAAGGCAUUGGGGGACCAGAGAGAGCUCUACUUGGGUCUUCUCUAUCCUACUGAAGAUUAUAAAGUUUAUGGGUAUGUGACGAACUCCAAGGUCAAAUUUGUCAUUGUUGUGGACUCUUCAAACACCUCAUUACGGGACAAUGAAAUAAGAAGUAUGUUCCGAAAAUUGCACAACUCCUUCACCGAUGUAAUGUGCAACCCAUUCCACACUCCAGGGAACACUAUUCAGUCCAAGGCAUUCAAUGAAAUAGUCUCCGGAAUGAUGGCUUAAAGUGGAUGAUGCCCUCUCUGGCGUCUAUGUACAUUACUCUUAAAUUGUCAUUGUAUUGCUUUGUAAAUUCAUGUGUAAAUAAAUUCUGUGUUGCUGCACAUGACUGUACAUGCAAAAUUUUAGUACAAAU